UAUAUUCUCCCCAAAAUAGGCUCUUUUUCAAUACUAUUUACCUGGCUCGUUUUUUUUUUCUAGAACCUUGGCCAUGGAGAAAGAAGAAAGAGGGAGGGUGGAAGCCCUUCUUUUCUCUCUUCAAUUCGACUCGAGGAGCAGAUAACUGAAAUCCAGCGGUCAGACUGUCUUGAACUCCGUUUUCUCCUGAUUUGUGUUGCGGCAGGAGGAAGAUGCUGGAGUUGUUGGAGUUUCUUGUUUCAAAUUCUCUCCCUACUUAAGGAUUUGCUGUGUUCGUCUUGUCAUGGCCAAACGAGUCUAUCAAGCUUGGAAAGGGAGCAAUAAGUUCAUCUUUGGUGGCAGAUUGAUAUUUGGACCUGAUGCCUGGUCUCUACUCAUUACCAUCUUACUAGUAGUUAUACCUGUUGUGAUAUUUUGCGUCUUUGUUGCUAGACAUCUUCUCCACAAGUUUCCUGCUUAUAACGCAGGAUAUGCUAUUUUGGCGGUUGCAAUAGCUUUUACCAUCUAUGUUCUUGUGUUGCAAAUGAUUACUUCAGCUCGAGAUCCUGGUAUUAUUCCCCGAGCAUCCCAUCCUCCAGAGGAAGAAUUCUCCUAUGAUGCUGCAUCUAGGAUUGAUUCCACAGGAAGGCAUACUCCAAGCCUACAGUUUCCUCGUACAAAAGAGGUGAUGGUUAAUGGCAUGCCUGUGAAAGUCAAAUAUUGUGAUACUUGCAUGCUCUAUCGGCCUCCACGUUGCUCACAUUGUUCAAUCUGCAAUAAUUGUGUGGAGCGUUUCGAUCAUCACUGCCCUUGGGUUGGGCAAUGCAUUGGAUUGAGAAACUACCGCUAUUUUUUCCUUUUUGUCUCUUCAUCAGCUCUUCUCUGCAUCUAUGUAUUUGCAAUGUGUGCAUUGUACAUUAAGUUUCUCAUGGACGGGGACUAUCCGACAGUAUGGAAGGCAAUGGAGCACUCACCAGCGUCAGUGGUUCUUAUGAUAUACUGCUUUAUUUCUUUGUGGUUUGUCGGAGGUCUUACUGGAUUUCAUUUGUACCUCAUUAGCACCAACCAAACCACAUACGAGAAUUUCCGCUACAGAACCGAUCGUCGGCGCAAUGUCUACGAUCGGGGUUGCCUGAACAACUUCAUGGAGGUGUUCUGCACCAAAAUAAAGCCCUCGAGGAAUGACUUCCGCGCCUUGGUGCAAGAAGAAGCCCCAAGGCCGGCUCAGAAUGUUCGCCCCGGAGAGCCCGAAGACGAUUUAGGGAGCUACCACCGUUCGAAGGUAGAAGAUGACCUCGACAUUGGCGGGGAUCUGCUGAAGAUCUCCCAGCGGCGCAGCAUCGAGGAGUUCGACGAAGAAAUCGGCCGUAGAAACGACAGCGGGAGGCCCGGAACCGUUUCGGAGGCCGAAUUCGCAUCGGAUUUGGAGAAGCAGGUCCCGAUUACUGGAACUGAGAUUCCCAUAACAAGAACUGAUGCGAGGAAUUCAAGCUGGGGGAGGAGAAGCAGCAACUGGGAGAUAUCACCUGAAAUCUUCACGAAGAACUCUUCUGCUGCUGCGGGAAGCGGGAGUUUGAUGACGGAGAAAGAGAGGUUAGUAGGAGAAAGAAAAGAUUGAAUUGCUGAAUAGAAGCAAGUGGCUUUAUGUUCUUAGCAAGGAGAAUUGAUUCCGGAGCCAUGAUUAGAUUGAUUGUAUUGCUCCUGAUCUAUUGUUUCAUUUUUAUUAUCUUUUUUUUUUCUUUUAUUUUAAUGUUGAAUGAUUCUUUUUUGUGAAUUAGGAAACGUGGAUCUCCAAGACAAAUGUGUAGCUUAUUAUUUUUGGCCCCCAUCACAUUAUUUAUGUGCUUACAGCUUGUUUCA